AUGUCGGACAAUGAGGACUUAUUAGGCGACGAUCUUGGUGAUCAAAGUCUCGCGGACUAUAACUUGGGCAAUGAAGAAGAGGAACAGCUUUUGGCAGAUGAUUAUGACAAUAGUGCGUCACAAAAUGUCCCCACGUCCGGUGCUUCUAACUAUCGCGACGGAGGAGGUGAUACUGCUGCUAUCGAAUAUCCAAAUCAUAACGUCGAAUACACCCAACAGUCUGUAUCUUAUCAAGUGGUGGCAGAAAGUGAAUGUGUUGUACCCAAUAUAACAGUUGAAGUACCAAAUGCACCAUUACCAGAGCAUUCCACAUAUGCACCAUACCCUGAGCCACCAGUGUAUGAGGCAGAGCAUGCUGUUGUACCACCAGCUAUUCCUGCUGCCCCAGCUGAAUCACCGCAGAUUGUCCCUUCGGAAGUAACUGCACCUCUUGCCAAUGGUGAUCUCGGAGGUCCACGGGAACGGUUCACAGCGGAGAGGCCUCCGGGUGUUCAAAGAAUGCCCCAAGUUAGAGAUAUCCCCGACAGUUUGGACAAAGUGUACGUCCCCCGGGGAGGUUUCAUUGGACGUGGUCGUAACACAUGGAGAAGUCCAAACUAUCGCACUCCACAUCCUUACCGCAGAAAUAAUACACAUCGGGGUAAUUUUAUGUCAAGGCCCUCAUUCCCACCACCGCAAAUGUGUUCCAAUCCCCAAACAAACCAACAGAUCAGACCAAAUGUCCCUGAAAUUCGUUCCGAAAUAUUACAACCCCCUCAAAUGGGGCCAGAAGUAUCCCCAGAGAGACCUAUACUCCCCCAAGACAUGCCAAAUGCUUACAGACCUCAAGAAAACAGACCAUACCCUCAAAACUUCCCAAGGUUCCAACAAUUCCGGCCAAAUUUGGACGAACCUAGACCCUUCGCGCCGAACGUUCGUCCGAAUUUUGAACCAAGACCUAUGUUCCAAUAUCAGCCAGGUUUCAAUCCUAGACCGUUCGCACCUCCAAUCCGGGAAAUAGCUCCGAGCGGUGUCAGCCACAUACCCCAAGUGACUAUACGCCAGCAGCUCCCAGUAGUGGCCAGCAACCUACCCAAAAUGGAUAAGUUUCCUCCGAAGAGCAUCAGCAGAGAGCAAGAAGUGCGGAUGCUGCCAGUACAGUUGCCACCAAAUAUACCUCCAGGUGGCUUAGCAGGGAAGAAAGUUUUGAUCAAUCCGCACUUCAAAGGAAACUUCCAACCUCCUGUUGAGGGGCUACCAACGUACAUACCAACAAGAAUACAAAAGACUCCGCCGCUCAGUCCUACACUGGAGAGUAAAUUUGGUCCCAUCAAGGACAUCGAUGAUGCAGCCGAGAGAUUCAUUGCAGAGCAGAGGAACGCUCUCGCUCGCGCUGCUAGCAGGAAGAUAGCGAGGAGAUCUCCGCAAAGAUACAUAGAGAACACUACGAUUGAGAUAGAGAACGAGUUGGCGAGACGCAAUGAAGACGAGGAAUUACUGCGGCGCCAAGAGGAGUUCAUAAACGCCAACCGAGCCGGAUUGCGGAGAAGGAUGCGAUCGGCCAGCCCGGUGCGGCGCUCGCCCUCCCCGCGCCGCAGCCCGCCGCCGCGCCGCUCGCGCCCCAGCCCGCCGGACGAGGAAAGUGAAUACAGAAGACGUCUGAGAGAGCAGGAAAGCUUGCGGGAGAGAGUUCUGCGAGCGAAGGAAGUCAGACGCAGGAAGAACGCAGUCGCCUUACAGAAACAACUACAAGAAAGGGACCGUGAAAAGCAAGAACCAAAAGAUAAAGAGGUGCCUAAACCAGAGAAUUUGAAGUCAGUCGAGACCAACACGGACAAUAAACCAACAAGUACACAGCCGGACAAGCCGGACACUACGAGGAAGUCACCGGAGAAAACUGAAACUGUGGAGAAAGUGGACAAGACUAGAGAGAGAUCUCCAAUUAAGGUGGUGAAGGACGAUGCAGAAGUCAAUUCUACGUGUGAAAACCUUACACCACCGAGAGAAAAAAUGCCACAAAAGGAGAAAAUAAUUUCACCGGAGAGGGACCUGACUCCACCUCUGCCGGACACUGUGAAGCGACAGGACACCAAGAUGGACAGCGACGAUGAGCUGGACCUCAUUCUGGAUGACAUAGAUGAUAUACUUUCCGAUGAUGAGGACAGCGGACGAUUUAAGGAAAAGCCUAAAACAGUGGAGCCUCCAAAGCCGAAACCUCAAGUGGACCUUCGCAGCAAGCUACCUCCAAAAUCGACGGAGACCAAAGCACCCAGACAGAAGAUUGUCUUCAACGAACAGAAGGACGACAAGAAAAAGAAAGAGAAGUCUCCAAUACGCAGAACCGUGGUGACCAGUUCAACCAAGGUUGAGGAGAGCAGGGACAAGAAGUCCGCUAAGACUGAAAAAUCGAAAGAGGAAGAGAAACCAAAAUCGCAAACCUUCACCAACCGUCGCGUUAUCCUCCAACGUAAGACCAAUCCACCCCCAACAGCCGGGAUCUUUAGCCGUGCGGUCCGGACCGCGAUCGGAUCGGACCGGACCAGAUUGCUCGUAAAACGGUCCGACGAGCCGGAAGUUGAGUACGCCUCGGACUCGGACGAUGAUACGGCAACUCCCCCGGCUGUGGUCGUGGGCAAAAUGGCCCACGUGGACAACCUGCCCCACGGCAUCACGGACACCAGGCUCCGGACCCUGGCGGGUGAUCACGUGCAGGUAAUUUGUCUGUUAGGAUGCUGA